UAUUAGUUGUUGUUGGUCGUCAAAACAUAAAUAGUGUUCUAGAAUCCAGACGUCUGUUGUCUUGAUCUUGAUAUUGAAGUGCUGAGUGUAUAGCGUGUACUGUGUGAAGAAGACUUCAUUUACUACUGCUGCGAAGUGAUACAACAGGGGUAAUGGAUACAAGUGAAAGCGGAGAUGAUUUGGGAAAUAAUUUCCUUGCCGUGGAAACUCAAAAUUUCAUGGUUCACGGCGAAGAACUGGACGGUCCGUACUGCACUAACACCAUUUCUACUACAUAUGCUGAUGAAGAUGAUGGUGACGCAAUUCUUACAGCUGAAAAUACUGAUGAUUCAAAUCAAGGAGGUGGAGAUAAACCAGGAUACCCAUUGAGAGAGCAGGAUCGUUUCUUACCAAUUGCAAACAUUGCAAAAAUUAUGAAAAGAGGAAUACCAGAACCAGGAAAGAUUGCUAAAGAUGCAAGAGAAUGUGUGCAGGAGUGUGUUUCAGAAUUUAUAAGUUUUAUUACAAGUGAAGCAAGUGAUCGUUGUCACAUGGAGAAAAGAAAGACUAUUAAUGGUGAAGAUAUACUAUUUGCAAUGACCACUUUAGGAUUUGAUAAUUAUGUUGAACCUCUGAAACUGUAUCUGCAGAAAUAUAGAGAGGCUACCAAGGUAGACAAGCCACUAGUAGCAGAAAUGUAUGAAGAGAUGCCUGAUGAAACAUUUGGUACCCAGACCUUACAAGGUAACAUCAUUACAUCUGAGCAAAAUGGAGCUGGAGAAACAGUGAUAUACACAUAUCCUGAACAGAUCCAACAAUUUCAACUCCCAUAAAGUAUAUUUGGCAUGAGAUAAAAUCUGUAAAAACAGAUAAUAAGCCUGUUGAUAUUUGUGAAGCCUUUUUAAAAAGGUGGACUUAUAUACUCCAUUGUAAGGAAUUUGUGAGUUACUAAGGAGAAGCUACUUGUAUUAUAUUGUAAUAAGUGUAAUAAUGUUUACUUAUUUAUAUAAUAUGAUUUUAAAUAAAAUUUCAUUGUAUUUUUAAUUAUAAAGAAAUGUUCCACUUUAUUUCAUUGUUUGGUAUUGAAGGUCAAAUUUGUGUUUAUUAAUAACCUUUUCUAUUUUGCCUUUAUGUGCAUUGUUAUUUACCAGAAUGUAUUUUUGUAGUAAGGAAAUCAUAAUAAUGCAUUUAAUUAAAAAAUUAAAAAUAUCAGUUUUUAUUAAUAGUUGCUAAGGUUAUGUAAUUCCAUAUGCCCCAAUUGUUCCUCUUUAACCUAAGCAUGUUGACAGGGAAAAUUUCCUCUCAUCCAUAGUGUUAAGUUGUUAUGGUAUAAACUAGACUGUAUCAGAACAAAGUCUCCUCAGCGGACAACCAAAAAGAUAAAUUCAUCAGUUUUAUGUAAAGAUAUAAAAAAAAUUUUAAGAAUUUAAGUAACAGAAUAAUUUAUAAUUUUCAAAUGUGCCACUCUUCUAAAGCCAGGGAAAAUUAUUUAUGGCUUGUCACAUUUUUGUGUGUAUGUAUUAAUUGCUAAGGUGUCUAUUGAGUACUGUUCUGCAAUAAACAGAAGUCAAUCUGGA